AUGGAUGAUGGUUCGAUUCCUGAAUUUGAUUUCUCGGACAUUAUAAAGUCCAAUGACGCUGCCAAGGCCUCGAACGCAUCUCACGAUGAACCACAGAAUGUAGGGCUUUCCGCCCCAAAUGCCCCAUUUUUCACAACAGAAAGCAGAAAUGCGGUGAAGAAGCGAAAACGGGACCCACAAGUCGUUCAUUUGUUAAAAAAAGUCAGUAUCCAGACAACUUUACUUUCCGUGAUUCUACCUCUUUUUUCGUUAUUCAAGCUGAUAAUCAGUAAACCAGAGUACAAUGACAAACUUUUAAAAUGUCUUGCUGUGUAUAUGUUCAUUUCACAAAUCAGUCUGGGUGCUGGUUAUCAUCGUUUCUUCACACAUACGUCGUUCCAAUGUGACCUGAGAGUACAAUCCGUAUUCGCGAUUUUGGGCGGAUCUUGUGGGUUAGGAUCAAUCCUCGAUUUUUCAAGCCAACAUCUCGCUCAUCAUCGUUACAUAGACACUGAAAGAGAUCCGCUUUCUAAUGCAGUCAAUGGUUCACUCUUCGCUGUAUGGGGUCACAAACUGUUCAAAGGAAAUCGGAAGUCUGCCAGAGCUGUGCAAGAUUGCAGGGCAACUCUAGAGUCGGCUGCUCGCAACAUUUGUGGUGAGAAACGGAAAAGCUUCGUCACAACACCAAGCUUCGCACUUUUGCGCUGGCAGCAUGAAAAUUAUGGUGAAAUUCUAGUGCUAACUUUGCUACUCAUACCAUGCAUUCUAUCUAAACUCUGUGGCUUACCUUUUUUCAGCGGAAUAUUUUAUCUGGGGUUGGUGAGGAUGUCUUUGAUUCAGCAACAGUGGCUGAUUAUUGGCGCUCUCUGUCACACGAAACACUUUCCUCUGUCAAAGCAACCAUUUGACGAUUCCAGGACAGCAAUAAACCUACCUCUCAGUUUCCUAGCAGACCUAAUCACCUUCGGAGAAUCAAAUCAUAACUUCCAUCAUGAAUUUCCGGGUGAUUACAGAAACGGCUUAGGAAAAUUCCGGUGGGACCCUUGCAGACUAGCAAUUCUUGCACUGUCUUACCUUGGACUUGCAGGCAAUCUUCACUACACUUCUCAGGAGCAAAUAGAUAAAUGCCUAUUACAGCAGCAGCAGAAGCUUCUGGACGAAGAAAGAGCCAAGCUACAAUGGGGAGUUCCCUUAGACAAGUUACCCAUCAUCCAGCCGGAAAAAUUUGUCUUACUGGCAAAGCACGAGUUUGAAACCAAAAGGCGAGCACUUGUGGCCAUAGAAGACGUUGUGCACGACGUUACACCUUUUAUCAAUGAUCACCCUGGUGGAGUGGCACUUGUCGAAGCAAGUGUGGGCAAAGACGCCACGCAAGCUUUCAAUGGUGCAGUUUACUUACAUACCCAAGCGGCCAGAAAUCUGCUCAGCACAAUGAGAAUUGCGGUACUCGGGCGCAGUCGCAUGGGUGUUGAACGUACCGUUUGGGAGAAGCAUCUGCUUGAAAGUAAUAAUUUGAAGAGCGACUCUAAGGGACGCGAAAUUGUUCGAAACAAGCAGCAGGUCACAUUCACGAAUAAGAACCAUUAUGCCGCGGGUGCCGCCUAA